UAAAAUCGGACCAUUGUCUCAGUUACUAACGAGACUAUUAUAGUUGUAGCAACAAAAGUAGUGGUUUCCGGUUUGUGGACGAAAAUAAACACAAAAUGACGAACCGGAUAGACCUCGGGAUGGACAUGAUCACCAAACGUCCCCGCACCCCGCGGGAUCCCUACACCACCCUCACAGACACACAGAAGAAAAACAUUCAAAAGAAUCCCCAAGCGUUUUUCAUGACAAGCCGCCAAGAACGACCGUACCCCGACAAGGGUUGGUACAGGGAUCGGUACGCCACCAACACGAACCAGUACCUCCUGCGUGGCACCCCCACGUCAAACCCCUUCUGUUGGAUCGACACGCAGUGGCAACGGGACCCACCAGCGCAAUACAAUACUGCCAGGCUGGGAGGGGCAGAGCGAUGGGGACCCGACAGAGUUGGCGAAAGAACAAACCAGCAUUUCAACAGACCCGAAGAUCCGAAGCGCUUCACUAAGCCGGAAGUGUACCGACGACCACCGACGAACAUAGCCGGCGAUGUCUAUCAAGACCACGGCCGGCCGACGGAAGGAUAUUUUGCACAAAGAAAUCCAAAUUCCCAAACGUGGUUUGGGUCAACAGUACCACUGAACAGAACGACAGUGUUACAAGAUAUCCGGCCUAAAACUAUGGCCGAGUACUCUCAACUGCGGGAGGAGAAAGCGCGGGAAAUGUUGCAGAGGAAACCAAUGUGGCCAAACUAUAGUGAAUACACGGACCGGACGUUGAUUGGCACGAGGGUUGAACCCACAAUAAACACCCUCAGUGUUUACUGACGACCAUUGACGACAAGGAAAAAUAAACUCGCAGAAGCAGCAUUAUGGGCAUGAUGACGUCAUUUCAUUUUCUUGGAUAUAUGAUGACGUACCUCUUCAGCAUUAUCAUGGAAACAUAACACCUGAAAUCAAGUCAUAUCGUCCCGAGGCCAAACGGUGUCGUUGAAAGAUGUUCUUUCAAGACGUGUAGAACCGGAAAUGAGAUUUUUGUUGUUAAUUUGGUCUUUUGCCUCAUUUCUUAACUUGCAAAUUAAAUGACUGUGACACUAAUUUCUUCAAACAAUAUAUAGCAGACAAAAGGAACUCUUAAAAUAUAUGAAAUCAUGUCGACGACAUAUUUUUUUUUUUUUGGUGGAUUAUAUUCAUGUAAUAAAAAGUGAUAGAAUAUUCUGUAAAGUUUGUUGGAAGCAAGCUUUUAUUAACAAAAUUCAUGACUUUUUUCUGAAGCUGGAAUCGUUAGUAGAAAUAUUAAGACCACGUAAGAAAACGGUAUGGUUACUAAUAUGCGCUUUCAUUACUUGUUAUACAUGUGUGUGUUUCAAUUUCAAUAUGGACACCAUUCUAGACAUUUUACCGUGACGGCAGUGAAAACACACGAAGUACAUAUGCCAUUGUUCACAAGUAAACCGGUUUAAAUAGUAAAAGAAGUAGUAAAUGCUUAAAUCUAGAAACCGAUCCAUAAUUAUAGAUUCGGCAAUGUAGGAAGAAUUAUUUCUGUGUAUCAAAGAUUUCUUGUAGUACGAGAUAACUGUAGAACGGUUAUGAAAAAAAUGGCAUGCUCUCGCGCUUUUCAUCUGUAUCGGUAGCUUUACGAUCAUGUGUAGUUAAAGACAUGCUCCGGCCCCAAUUUGUCGAAACUUCUUAAAGCUGCACUCUCACAGAUUGACUAUUUUUACAACUUUUUAUUAUUUUUUUUUGUCUUGGGAAAGCAAUCUUUUGCAUAAAUAUUUGUAAACCAAUGAUAUAAGAUUGCUGACAAAAAUCAGAUCGUAGAUUUCCAUGUUUCCGUUCGAAAAUUAAUGUUUUAUGGCUUAAACCGUUACUAACGGGUUAAGAAAAAUGCAUAAAACAUCAUUUUUUGAACUUAAAUAUAAAACUCUGCGAGCUAUUGUUUUGUCAGCAGUCUUAUAUAACUGUUUUCCAUGGAUUGUCCCAAACAUUGGUUCGUUCCAAGAUAAAAAAUAAAAAAAAUUGUCAAAACGUUCAAUCUUUGAGAGUGCAUCUUUAAGCUUAACAGGCUUAAGUCGCUUAUUUCAAUUAGCCAAAAUACAUACUGAAAAUGGAUUUUGAUAAGCGAAGAAUGGUUUUUUGUGAUUACCAUUAACAUAAUUCCUAUCUUAAGUAAAAAAGCCAUUAAAGAAAAAUAUAAUAUGCAAAUUGUUAAACAAGAAAAAUAGUGAGCUUAGCUUAAUCGUGUUAUCAGGGACUAAUAAGUUUCGAUAAAUUGGGGCCUAAAACUAUAUACAGUCGAACCCCGUUAGCUCGAACUCACAGGAACCCGCAAAAAUACAUUGAGCCUCGAAAAGAUCGAGCCAAGCGGGAAUGCUUACCUUCAGUUAAAGAAUAUAGGUCCUUUACAUCUAGUUACAGCCAACGAAGAAUUCGAGCCAAGCGAUUUGGAGCCAUCGGGGUUCGACUGUAGUUUUAAAAAUAUAAUCAAAAUUGAAAGUAUUGUUGCAAAGACCUGUCACUCUCUCUUAAGCUAAUUUCACCUAUGUGUAUAUAUGAAAUAUCUUUCCAUACUUUGUUGUAUAUGUAUAUCUUGGCGGUGUGUAAUAUUGCCAUUGAUGAAAGUUUCUCUGUUAAUUGCCCACUGCUAUAUCGGACAGUUAUUUAUUUCCAAUACAACUACAAAACGACCGCCAUUUUGUAGAAAGAUUGCGUUAUCUCCCUUCAAUAAUAAUAAUUUCAUUUUCCAUGUUCAUUUAUAAGUAUUUCUAUCAUGAUUUGAUUGUUUCUUUAGAUUCGUUUUAGAUUAUGUAUAUUACAAAUAUUGUUUUGUUUUUCUUUCGUGACCUUUGACACUGCCCUCUCAUAUACAAAACCAUAUCAUUGAUUCGUCCGUCGUGUGCUAUUUCUGGAUUUUAAUACUUAACUGAAACGGUUAAUAAGCCAUUGUAGACUAUUGUUUUCAUGAACACAGUCGUAUACAAUGAUGAACAUAUAUAGUCUUGGUCAUAAAUCACAUCAACACAAUAUAAACAUCUAGUUGUAAAAAACUGGAAAAGUUAUUAGCAGGUUAUUUAUUUCUGGCUAAUUUGAACAUUGAAAUAAUUUGAUUGGACAACAGUUAUUAUUGGAUAAAUAUUGACCACCCAAUAAACGUUUUAGCAAACUGUAACCAAACCAAACCAGUUGUUUACAAUUGGUUGCGGAAUCAUAAAGUGCUUACUUUGUUACUUUAAAGCUCCACUCUCACAGAUAUACCGUUUUUACAACUUUUUUAUUUUUUUGUCUUGGAAAGAGCAAAUUUUUGCGUCAAUAUCUGCAAACCAAUCAUAAAAGAUUGCUGACAAAAGAUCCGAUCGCAGAUUUACAUAUUUCUGUUCGAAAAUUAAUGUUUUAUGGCUUAAACCGUGACUAACGGUUAAAGAAUAAUGCAUAAUACAUCAACUUUUUAUCUCAAAUAUAAAAACCUGCGAUCUAUUUAUUUUUUUGUCGGCAGUCUUAUAUAACCGGUUCCCAUGCAUUUUCGCAGAAAUUUGCUCGUUCCAUGACAAAAAAAAGUUGUCAAAACGUUCAAUCUGUGAGAGUGCAGCUUUAAGACGCAUUUUUAAAAAACAACAAUAUAUUUAAAGUUCAUGUUUUUUAAAUCGAUCACAUGACCUGUAUACGGAAUCCUUGAAAUUGCGAAAGACAACACCAGGAUAUGUCUUUGUUAAAUUACCGCAUCGUUUUGAUUGAAUAAUAAACAUUGAACUCGU